UGUGGCAAUUAAAUUAGUGCAUAAGAAGAAACUUCACCUUAUGAAUAUAAUAUAAGGAUCAAGUUAGGGAUAAAAAGCAUAAUAUCUCAUAUGAAAGAAAGGCCUACUUUUAUAGCGCAGCGUUGUCCUGCAAGGCGUUCCUGGGCAGGGCAUCAAAAACAAAAUAUUCCACGUCAAAUAUUUCCAUAUACUUUUCCUUCUAUAAAGUAACUUAUAGCAACAAAACGCUAUAUGUUAUGGAAAUCUAACUCUUUUGGAAGGCAUGAUCAAAGUUUCCAAGUUUGGGAUAUUCUGUGUGCUCAUCAUGGUUGCUCUGUUGCUAAGCUUCAUCUUGCUGAUCCUGCCGUCAGUUCUCCGUGGACAAGAAACAGCAGCAGAGGGCGCCACAGUUGGAGUGUUUAGCAAGUUCCAAGACUUCUGGUUGUUCAGACUGUUACUGAAUCUUAUUGGCUAUGCCACUAUAAUUGUACCUGGGUACUUCCUGAUACAGUACCUUAAGAAGAUCAAAUACAAUGAGCGACAAGCUAAGGGAUGUAUUCCCAAGACAGUUGGUAUGUGUGUCUUUGGUACUGAAGCAGACAAGAAUGACUUAGCUGAGGAAGGAGGCCAGACUGCAUCUGCACCCCCUAAACCAGAAUGGAGCACUUCACAAAAGGCACUGAGGCUGUUGUUCUGCUUCAUUGGCCUACAAGCUUCCUAUUUAACAUGGGGACUCCUCCAGGAAAGAAUCAUGACACAUGACUAUGGAAAGUCAGAUACAGAAGAAGGAGAAAAAUUCACCAAUUCACAAUUUUUGGUGUUUAUGAACCGUAUUCUGGCAUUUAUUACUGCAGUAAUAAUCUGCUUACUGACUAAACAACCAUUUCAUACUGCCCCCUUGUACAAAUACUCCUACUGCUCAUUCUCUAAUAUAAUGUCCAGCUGGUGCCAAUAUGAGGCACUGAAAUUCGUCAGUUUUCCAACACAAGUUCUAGCGAAAUCUUGUAAAGUCAUUCCAGUGAUGAUAAUGGGGAAAUUCACAUCGAAUAAAUCGUACAAAUUCCACGAAUAUGGCACAGCUUUGUUGAUCUCAUCUGGUGUCAGCAUCUUCCUCUUAACCAGCUCAGAAGAUAAACACCCUGAGACGGGAACAACCUUUUCAGGACUCUUCAUUUUGAUUUCCUAUCUCAUGUUUGAUAGUUUCACAUCAAACUGGCAAGGGGAGCUGUUUUCAACAUUUAAGAUGUCAUCGAUGCAAAUGAUGGCUGGAGUGAAUCUCUUCUCUUGUCUCUUUACCACAGUUUCCCUCAUAGAGCAAGGUGGCUUUGUUGAAUCUCUAGCAUUUAUGGGAAAAUAUCCAACAUUUUUCCUCCAUGUAUGCUUGCUCUCAGUAUGCUCAGCAAGUGGUCAGUUGUUCAUCUUCUAUACAAUCUCAAACUUCGGACCAGUCACAUUCACAAUCAUAAUGACAAUACGUAUGGGCCUAGCCAUCCUACUCUCGUGUCUCAUAUACUCUCACCCAGUCACUCUGUUUGGCCUGUUGGGAAUUAGCAUCGUAUUUGGAGCUGUAUUCCUUAGGACAUACUUAGGCCAACGUGACCGCAAGAUGAAAGCUCGCCAGAUUGCUGCAAGUGCCCCCAUAGUGAAGACUUAAUGAAUCUCACAGUAUUGGAUAAUAAAUAUUUGUGACAAUUAUCUCAAUGAGAUAAGGACAGCAUUGGAACAACAGUAAAUCUGAGGGUUAUAUAAUUAACAUAGUACAUGUACUUUGUAGGGCUUUUUAAAACCAUGCUUAUGCCUACGUCACAUUUGCUCCAAAAUGUCAAAUCUCGAAUUUGAGGUCAGAUGUGAACUCCUGAGAAAUUGUACAUGAUUUUUAAAAAGAGGUUUGAUCAAUUUAAAGCAAGUUGGAAUCA